GUGAGGAGAAGCAUGUAAAAUUUUUUCCUUAAAAAUUUACUUUAAUGUUAUGUGCUACAUAAACUAAGACGACGAAAUAACAAUGGGAAACACAAGAUCGCAAUUCUGUCGACGAAGCAAACCGCUCUAUCUCUUCUACCUUAUCAACCGAACAUGGAGCAUCGUCGUAGAUCAUCGGAAGGAUCAAGAUCGAUGCGACGAGACCGACAGAGAAACGGAUCUUUCAUCGAAAUGCAGCACCUGCAACGUUUGCGAUUACCAGCAGAACAGCCUGACGUUCGACAGCGAAUCGGACAUGGCACCCAACGCGGAGGAAGAGCUGCUGGUCGUGAAACCGUGGGGACCGCAGCCAGAAAAGGAACGUUUAAGACCACCUACGUACAACGCUGAAGAUUACGCAAUCGCACUGAGACGAUGGGGAAGGCGUCCAUUAGGAACAGUUCAAGAUUCCCAAGGUACCUUGCCAUCGACAACCAGUUCGAGUUCCGGUUACGCAUCCGGAAGUGGCGAAAUGACCUUGAGACAAUUCACGUCGGUCAGCGAGCUGUUGAAUAAACUCAGAGCCGACCUCAGACUUGCUUUUCCCAGCUUUGUACAGGAAUUCGCUUCUCCGCCUGCGGACGGAAUUACUUUAUUGCUGGAGACUCUACGCGGCGUUCAAUUGGCUCAAAGUUCACCGCCAAGCUCGGGACAGACCGGGCCCAGAAUCGGUACCAGAAGAGCCGCCCUAGACGAGCUAGGAUGCGUGGAGUGUCUAGCCGCGUGCGGCGAACGAUGCGCCGAUGCGCCGCGGCUAUUAGUACAGGCGCAACCUGGUCUACUGGCUCUCGCAGUUUGUCUGACUAGUAGUCUGAACCGGUCUCGAGUUCUGGCUCUUCAGCUCUUGACAAAAGUAUGCCAAGCGCCAGGUGGACAUGCAGCUGUCUCGGAAGCGGUGUCGACGCUGAGACUUAAAUACGGGGAAGGAGGGAGAUUCCGAUUUUUAGCGGGUGCUCUUUUAGCCCCUAGAGCAGCUAUUGCAUUGAGAGUUGCGGGAGUUUCGUUUUUAAAUGCUUUCUUGAAAUCCGCGCCUCGCACACAAACCAAAUUGUAUAUCCAGGCUGAAGCCUGCGAAGCUGGCUUAGAGCCGCAGGUACUUCACGAAUGGCUGAGGGAAUUCGAUGGACGCGAGGAGGAUGCUUUAACUGAUUUACUGCACAAAGAAAUUCAAAAGUGGACACAUAAUUGUGUUGACGUGGAUGCUCUGCAACGUAGGGUGAUGCGCGCAGAGGAAACCUGCAGGAUACUUAGUAAAAAGGUGUCACUCCUACAGAUACAACUUGAGAAACGAAACAAUAGUGAUUCGGAAGAACGAGAUAAAUCUGCACCAACAGUUCUCACUAUCGUUAAGAGUCCUAAAGUAUCCUCGAAUGGAGAAGACGAAGGUAUUAGCUCCUCGGAAAGAUCCAGCAGUCCCGAAGAUACGAAUCAUCAAGCGAAGAUCAAUCGGCAGAAGACCUCGCCUACGCACAGCAAUGAUCAGGAAACAACGAUAGACGAUGUAAUCGAGGAACUGAGAAUCAUUGUAAAGGAUGCCGAAGAAGAAUUCAGUGACCAAACUCAGGAACUGAACCGUCGUGCUAAUAUGGAUCAAGAAAUCAUUUGUAAUGAACAGGAAUCGGUUAAAACCAAAUUAUACAGAUCGAAUUCCAAAAUCUCGUUGAAUAACUCUGAAAGUUAUAUGUACGAAAAAAUAUCCAAGAGAGAUCAGUAUACAGAUUUGAAAAUAUUAAGGUCGAAUCCGUGCUCCAAUACAUCUCAAAAUCAAAUGAAAGACGAGCAAAUUACUUAUUUUGGCAACGAUCAAGAUUACAAUACAGACUCAAGCGGCACAAAGAGGCUGAACAUCGAUGUGCCGCGCAAGAUAUCCAAGUCGUCGAUGGAAGGCAGCGUAAAAAUUAUCAUUAAAGGACCUGACGUAGAAGAAGCGAUAGUACCAGCCAUUUUGCAUCCACAACCGCCAAGAAGAGCGCCACCAUGUUUAUCGGCUAUUAUAGCCGCCAGACAUUGCGAUCUUACUGAUCACGCGGAAACAUACAAUUCUCAUGAUGAAGAAAUCGAAGAGGAAACUCUGGGCGAUGGUAGCGAUUCUCUGCUGAGCGCUUCCAGGCUCAAGUAUAAUGGCAAACAUCAAAUUUACGAUGAACAAAUUAGAAGUAUUAACGCAAAUCAGGUGCAGAAAUUAAAUAAGACCACCGAUGCUAUUAAAUUCGGGAAGAGCUGCGAUGAUCUACGCCACUUUGAGGAAAAUGAAAACGCGAAAGACAGAAAAAUUGUGAGAAGUUAUGACAUCUCUAGCGGAUCCAAAUCAAGAAUUGUUACGGAUGUCGGACCGAUUAACCGAAAAAUCGACGUUUACACACAAUUCGAUUCUAUUCCCAAAGGAUUCGAGACAUCCUCCGGACAAUCCAUCGAUCAACGGACAAUUCGUCAACAUAGCUCCAAGUAUAAAAGCGAGAUAGAAAAGAAAAAAUAUUUAUGUCGCUCAGCCAGUCACGAUUAUCUCGAAUCAAACGUAUCCAGUCCGUCACAAUCGAGACGAUCAGGUAGCAAAGUGGAAUGUCGCAUCAGAAAGUUCGAAAGUUUAAAUUCUUUCGAUGAGCAUCGGAGUUUACAAAAUUACGGCAGAUCGAAUGGUUCGGAAAAUCUUGGUAAACGAGAACAGGCAUUACUACUGGCCGAUCUUUCCAGAUUUAAAAUGCGCAGAUCGGAAUCUUUUCAUCACAUAUCCCAUCGCGUGUCAAAGAAGGAUCAGUGCUCAUCAAAAGGAGAAAGUGACAGUGGUCUUUUUUAUGUCACGGACUUUAAUCUGGAGCCUCUUGUCACGAGAAGACCGCGAUCAAUUGACGCGCCAAAGUCUCCUAAUCCGCUAACGAAAUCCCUGGAUAGGAUUGAUGAGGGUCUAGAUUCGAUGGUCGAUAUCGUUAUUACGCAAGAGCAGAGUCAAUGGAAUGGUGGUAAACGUCAAUCAAAAACGAACAAAUGCCGCGACGAGAAACAACUCACGAGAUCAAAAUCAAUCAAACUUGAUGAUUUUUGCGAUAACUCUUCCGCGCUUAAGAAACAGGUAAAGCGAGACAUUUCCGCUUCUAGGAAUAAGCAUUCAAGAAAUGAAGAAUCGGUAUUGUACCACGUUAACAAUAAGCAGUUAAGAAACGAUGAAUUUUACGAACAACAAAGAACUCACGAAUGGAAUUACCAUAACGAAUUGAAUUAUGCCAAAAGCAAGGAUGACAUUAACUUGGAAGAUUCACCGGUAAUAUUGUCGAAAAGCAGCAUGAGACAUAAUUCCUUUUGUCAGAAAGAUAAUAUCGGUAAUAAAUUUUCCGGCAAGCCGAAUGAAUCGGGAAUUUUCGCUGGACGAACGUACGAUACAUUCGGUCUCGGAAAGAGUCGCUUCAAUGCGGGCAAAUACUCGGGGAAUCAACAAACUAAAAAAGAGAACCCCAUUGGCAGAAGAAACACGACUUCCUCAUUGAUUGGAAAACGUGGGAAGGUAACAGAUGACGUCUCGGGACUUUAUUGAAUGUGUGAAUUUCGUACAAGGUUUUACAGAGCCAAUAUAUAAAAAGAAAAUCUUCUUUAUAACAAAUGAAAUGACAAAUAAUUCUUAUUUAAUGAAUUUAAAAACAAAGUAAUUAAUAUUUUUAAGUCGCAUUUUUAUCGAGCAAAAGUAGAGAAAAAAUUAAACUUUACAAAUAUAUGAUAAAUUGUUCUCUGAAAUAAUCACAGAUUUAAAAACAAUAUAUAUAAAAUAUAUUAAAAAAAUUUUUUUUAAUCUACUCGAUUUUAAAGUUUUAGAUAUUUUGAACAAAGAACUUUAUUAGAAAAUUGAUGUAAAAAUACGAUUAUCUUAUUUUUAGCUUAAAAUCAAAUUGCACAUUAAAUAUUACACAGCAAAAGAGAAAUAGUUCCAUCACUAUUAUUUAUUAUUAUUUUUCAUAUUGUCUUAUAGCAAAGUAGCAAGAUAAGCUCUAAUAAAUUGUGAUGUUAAAAAACUUGUAUAUAUGAAAGCACAAAGACAGAUAUAAAUGAAUACAUUGCAUAAAUCAAUUAGUAUGAAUAUUUUCUAUCAAAUGGAAAUCGAUUAGAAAGUAAGAAUGAUUUUGAGUGCAAUAUUUUUGAGUAUUAUUAUGCUAUCAUAUCUCUGUAUGAUUAUGUUUACAAUAUAUGAAAAAAUUUUCGAUGAUAAGUAAAUUUUGGUGAUGGACUCCUGUGUGCCUUCACUAUAUUGUGUGAUAUGGUUCUUUAUUAACAACGAUUAUAUAUGCAACAAUAGUUUAAUCGCUAAUGAAGAUAUUUUCUAGAUUUCCAUAUAUUAGGUGUAUAUAAUAAAUAUAAAGACAAUAGAAAAAUAUAUCUUCCUGAUUCUUAUGAUCAGGAAAAUAAAGCUUAGGCCAAGCAACAGGGUGGUUAUUAACUUUUAAAUUACAAAAAUUAUUCUUUACAUUGGGGAAAAUAAAAAUAAGAUUUUACAUUAAGAAAUGAUUUUAUUUCUAUAUGUCGCUUUUAAUUUAUUGUUUUAUGUAUGUUUAAUAUCAAAUAAAGAGAUUAUAUUACA